AUAUCGAGAAGAUAAUCGAUCCUUUAAAAAGUCGUACAUCGAUUUAUCAGUCGUCCACUUCUGCUGCAAGCGAAUGAUAAGGAAGUGGAUGUUGUAUAUGUUGGAAGCAGAUUAUCGAACUUUUUUUUAAUGUAAACUUAACCUUUACCUUUCAAAAUGAGUAAAUACAGGCGUGAAGUAACUUCAAGUGAGGACAGUGAUAGCGAGGAAGAACGUCGCAAGAAGGAUAUCAAGGAAAGAGACAGUUUUGCCAGUCGUCUUAAAGCCAAAGAUGAAAGCAAGAUACGCAAGAUUGCUAUGCCGGCUGGUUCUGGAGCAGCUGAAGCUGCAAAGAGGCUUAAGAUCAUUGAAACUGAUACCAGAGAUCAUCUGGUGCCAAAACUACGUAUUGAAUCUCGUAGGAAAUAUCUGGAGAAACGUAAAGAGGACAAAGUGGCUGAACUGGAGGCUGACAUUCUUGACGAUGAAUAUCUGUUUGAAGAAGAAAUUUUAACAGAGAGAGAAAAACGUGAAAGAGCUCAUAAGAAACAGUUACUGCAUUUAGCAAAAGAGCAUGAAAAGGCAAGAGAACUUGAACGUAUCCAGCGUUAUCACAUGCCGCUUAGAGAAGGCAAGAUAGAACCAGAGCCUGAUGUAAUGGAUAAAGAACCACCACAAUCUGAACAAAGCAAAUGGGAAUCGGAUCAAAUGUCAUCUGCUGUUUUUCGCUUUGGUGCUCGAGAUAGGAAGGCUCAACAAGAUUAUGAUCUUCUCAUGGAGGAUGAGAUAGAAUUUGUUCAAGCAUUACGUAUGCCUGGUCAUGACAAAGACAAGAAACGUGAGGCCAGUCCACCACCACAUGUUAAAACUUUACAAACGAUACAAGAAACGAAGAAGAGUUUACCCAUUUACCCAUUCAGGAAUGAUCUCAUUCAAGCCAUCAAGGAUCAUCAAGUUUUGAUAAUAGAAGGUGAAACGGGAUCGGGAAAAACCACGCAGAUACCACAAUAUCUGUACGAAUCUGGAUUUGCAGAGGACAAUAAGAUAAUCGGAUGCACGCAGCCGCGGCGAGUAGCUGCGAUGUCGGUAGCCGCGAGAGUAGCCCACGAGAUGGCCGUUAAGCUGGGAAAUGAAGUCGGUUAUGCUAUCCGUUUCGAAGACUGUACGUCACAUCGUACUCGUAUUAAAUACAUGACCGAUGGUACGCUACACCGAGAAUUUCUCAGCGAACCCGACCUGGCUUCGUACAGUGUAAUGAUCAUUGAUGAGGCGCAUGAACGUACUUUGCACACCGACAUAUUAUUCGGAUUAGUUAAGGAUAUCGCGAGGUUUCGUCCUGAUCUGAAGCUCCUGAUCUCGUCGGCUACGUUGGACGCCACGAAGUUCAGCGAGUUCUUCGACGACGCUCCCAUCUUCAGGAUACCCGGUCGUCGUUUUCCUGUCGAUAUCUAUUAUACGAAAGCACCGGAAGCGGAUUACAUCGACGCCUGCGUAGUCUCUAUUCUGCAAAUUCAUACAACGCAAUCGCCGGGUGACAUACUAGUGUUCCUGACUGGACAAGACGAGAUCGAGACGUGCCAGGAGAUGUUGCAGGAGAGAGUCAGGAGGCUUGGGAGUAAGCUAGCGGAACUUUUAAUUUUGCCCGUGUACGCGAAUUUACCGAGCGAUAUGCAAACGAAAAUAUUCCAGCCGACUCCACCAGGAGCAAGAAAAGUUGUAUUAGCGACCAAUAUAGCGGAAACUUCGCUAACUAUAGACAACAUAGUGUACGUGAUAGACCCCGGAUUCGCGAAGCAGAACAAUUUCAAUUCACGUACGGGUAUGGAGAGUCUGAUGGUCGUGCCGAUCAGUAAAGCAUCUGCAAAUCAGAGAGCAGGUCGAGCUGGUCGAGUUGCUCCUGGGAAGUGCUUCCGGCUGUAUACCGCCUGGGCGUAUCAGCACGAACUCGAGGAUAACACUGUGCCUGAAAUUCAGAGAAUUAAUCUCGCGUUGGAGCAGCUGUACGCGCUGGGCGCGUUGAAUCAUCGCGGGGAAUUGACGAAACUCGGGCGUAGAAUGGCCGAGUUCCCGUUGGAUCCAAUGAUGGCGAAGAUGCUGCUGGCUAGCGAGCGAUAUCGUUGCUCGGAAGAGGUGGCGACUAUCGCGGCCAUGCUCUCGGUGAACGGCGCGAUCUUCUACAGGCCGAAGGACAAGAUCAUACACGCGGACGCUGCAAGAAAAAAUUUCCAUGUACCUGGCGGGGAUCAUCUGACUCUUCUCAACGUGUACAAUCAAUGGCAGCAGAGUGAUUUCAGCACGCACUGGUGUUACGAGAACUUUAUACAGCACAGGUCCAUGAAACGGGCGAGGGAUGUCAGAGAACAGCUGGUAGGUCUGAUGCAACGUGUCGAGAUGGAAUUGGUUUCAGGGAUCACGGAGACAAUUAACAUUAGGAAGGCUAUUACAGCUGGUUAUUUCUAUCACGUGGCACGAUUGUCCAAAGGUGGUCACUACAAGACUGCGAAGCACAAUCAAACGGUUGCGAUACAUCCGAACAGUUCCCUGUUUCAGGAACUCCCCCGUUGGCUGCUCUAUCAUGAGCUUGUGUUCACUACUAAGGAGUUUAUGCGUCAGGUGACAGAGAUCGAGAGUAAAUGGCUGUUGGAAGUGGCGCCCCAUUAUUACAAGUCUAAAGAACUAGAGGACUCGACGAACAAGAAGAUGCCGAAAGUAACUGGCAGAGCGCGACCAGACGGGACUAAUUAGAUUAUUAUAUUUGCGCCUAGCAACACAAUUGUGCAUCUCUUCUUGACAGCGACAUUAAAUUAUAUUUUUUACAUAUCCGUUUCUACACGGCGCACCAAUAAAAAGAAAAAGAGAAAAGAAAAAAGACACGCCAUUUACCUCUAUUCAAUUCACUCGUCGAUUUGCGUUCAUUCCAUGCUUUCCGCUUCGCGGAACGUUGUACUUUGCAACUUAAUAAAACAGCUCUUACGUUUGCAAGAAAUGAAAGGAACGGGCAGUAAUUAUAUUGUAAGAAUAUUCUGCGGAAUAUGCGUGUGUAUACACGCGACACGUUUUGCCGUUUCUUUUUUCUCUGGCGAGCUCUCAUACCGCAAUUCUUAAUCGAUUCUCAAUCGAUUCUUAAUCGACAAAUAAUUACGCGGUAAUUCCGAGCUAUUUUGCCGAUGAAUAAUUUCGAUCGGUUGCAGGUAUAAUCGGAGACGUAAUAUGCAUUAUACAGGAGGAACAUUAUGUUCGCCAGCGCUAAUAAUCUACCUAUAUCACCGGGACGAGGAAACUUUUCAAUGAUAUUGAAACUGUGGAAGGAAAGAAUAGAAAAUUAUAUGCACGGGAAUAGGAAGGAAUG